UUGUCAAACCGGUUAGAGAACUCUCUAGUGCGCGGAGGAAAGAAAACUCAUACCUCACCCAAACAAAUUGAUCGGACUCGGAGGGGCACUUCUAGGAAAAGAAAAACUGUUUUGUGGGUAAAAUCAAGACUGAUUCACAAUGGAUCGCGAGGCAGAACAUCUGCCUGAGUACAAGAGAAUGCAGCACCUUACUUAUCGCAGGAAUAUUCGCGUGAUCACUGUUGUUUGGGGAAUUUUCUCCGCCUGUUUUGUCAUCCUGAAUGCUGUUGCGUUUAUCCAGCCUCAGUGGCUCGGAGACACGGAGACGUCCCCGGGGGUGGGUUUUUUCGGACUGUAUGAAUACUGUGAGCGUCUACAGGUGGGAGGGGAGUACAGCUGUCGAGGGGAUUUCUUGGACUUUACCACCCUCACCAACGAUUCGUUCCGCGCGGCCAGUAUGCUUGUAGGAGUCUGUGCCCUGGUGUUUAUGUUCUCCGUUGUGUGCCUAUUGCUGUUCUGUUUCCUGAAGGCUGUUACAGUUUUGAAGAUCUGUGGAGUUUUACAGACCAUUGGAUGUGUGUGCAUGGCUCUGGGGUGCAUCAUUUACCCCAAUGGCUGGGACGAUGAGAAGGUACAGAGAACCUGUGGUAAGGAUGCUGGAAAGUACCGUGUCGGUCAGUGCCAGGUUCGAUGGGCAUUCAUCCUCUCCAUAGUGCUGGUGUUCGACGCCCUCAUUCUGGCAACUCUCGCCUUCAUACUGGCUGCCAAACAGGCAAAUUUGCUGCAGAAGUCUGAGUACCGAAAACGGAAAUCUACUUAUACAAACGGAGGGUUCACUGACAUCACACCUGCUGGAGAGAAAGUAGCGAUUCAAGAGACCGUGAUAGCAGACGACAGUUCCCAAGCAGCAGAUGACAUCCGAUUGUAAAGGCAAAUAACUCCUGUCUGCAAAAAAAAAUCUCCCGAGGAAUUGAACAAUUUAACUACAUGCAAUGUUUUAUAACAAAAUGUUUGGCGAGAUUACAGAUUAUGUUGUGUUUUUGAUUUUUGGAUCUAAAUGAUAGAAAUAUACUGUAGUAGGAAAUUUUAUUUCAAAAUUCAAAAUUCCUACCUAAUUUUAAACUGCAGUUGGAUACUUCAAUUUGUUUAUAUGUAAUUAAUUAUCCAAAUUAUCGUAAAAGAUAUAUCUUUAUAGAAAUUUGUAGGUCUAUACAUUUUCAUAAAAAAACUUAUCGUUGCAAACCACGCCUAUUGUCUCCAUUCACAUUAUGUCAUAAAGGUAGGAUAGGUACUCUCGGACAGCCUAAGCUUUGCUAGCGACAACACUUAUUCAGUAUUGUAUAGUUGUAAGAUACCUGUGCAUUCGUAGUUGUGUGCAGGUUUGAGAGGGAAAUAGUGUACAGUACACACCUGAUGAUGGUUGUUAGAAAGUUUAUCCAAAAUAUUACAAAAUAGUGGGUUGUACCUAUAUACAUGUACAGUACAUCACAGCAUGCACAUUAUUACCAUUGAGAUUUGUUUUUGUCGAGAAAACAUUUGAGAUUUUAGAGAGCUUUCUAAGAAUAACAUAUCAUGACUUUUUGUUCUGUGUGAUUAAGUUUGACACUGGGGUACAUGUAGAUAUACUCAAUUUGAUUUUUCGUGUUGUUUGCUUCCAAUUGUUUUGGUUACAUUGAAUAAGACUUUCUGCGAUGACUAAUUAUUACAUGCACAUCCUCAGUCUGCAAGGGACCACUGACGUAAGUUUGUAAGGUCUAUAUAAUUACACUCGGAAUUUGUUUUGGUGAUUUUAUAUUGCAUUAAAAAGAAAGGCUUAGACUACCCCCUCCCAGUAGACAUUCUUUGGAUUUAUUUUUAUACUAUACUGGAAUCAAAUUGUUUGUCCAUCUGUGCGCGUGAUUUGUCCAGAGCACAUCUUUAACACCAAUGAACAGAUUUGAUUAAAACUGUGUAUAUCUUACAUGAAUAGUGAAGUUGUCCAUCUGCUGUUUUGUUGAGAUUUUUUAACAUUUAAGAGUUAUGGAUAUUUUCCCAGUAUUUGGAGGGGUGGAUGGGUUAAUGUUGUAUUUAUCUAGAGUACAUCUUAGUACUAUUUAUUCUUCAAUGAGCACACAUUCACUAUUUCCCACAAUCCAAUUUGCACCUCUAAGAGUAUUACUCCUGUCCUGACAGUUCUAAUUACAUCUUGCUACCAAGCUUGCAUACAUAAUAUUGAAACAUUCCAAGUCUUCAGACUACAGUGGACUAAAUCCUCACGUCAAACAGGUUGUCAUCCAUUUUUUUUAAUAGAAUGAGUUGUAUAAAUGUGCUUUCAACAUCUAGGUUAUUGUUCAUAAUUAUUUUCUUUAAGAUGUAAUGUAUUUUGCAUAUAAUGUAAUGAUAUUUUGUAUAAAAAAGUAUAUUUUCCCAAAA